CGUAGAGGUUAUUAUAUAUUGGAUAAUGAUAUAACAUCUAAACCUCCGCGAUUCAUUCUUAUUCCUGAUGGGAAGGCCAGCAAUAUGGCAUCCAAAGCAGUGGAGAGCGGAAAAGGUAACAAGGGUAAACAAGAAGAAAAAUCAACAUCCAAUAUGUACAAAAUUCCAGAUAUUUAUGGUGAUGUUCCUAUUCCGCCUCCAGAGCAAGUUUCGAAAAUGUACAAAGUACCCAAUAUAUAUAUUUAA